AUGACCAGCGACCCUCUCCGCCCGGGUCUCCAUCCUCUGUCGCAACUUAAGGCUAGUCCGACAACCUCUAGCUCCAAGUCGACAGCCUUGUCAGCUUCCUCGCUAUUGUCGCAGCCAUCAUCACCCAGACCUACUCGCCCUCAACCAUCCAAGGGACCUAGUCGUGAUGAGACGCUUAGUUCCACAAGCGAAAAGGCAACUAUUGCUCUGAUUCGACGCGUUCUGUGUCCGCAGUCGGGUAACCAUGGCGGUGCUUCCACGCCUUCACCUUUAGAAGACUUGCUACCCCCUUUGACAAGCUCAAACGAACUCGAUCUUCAACUCUACGCCUUAAUUGCCAUAGUGGUCAAGGAGUUUGUUCUUUCUUGGUACUCAAAAAUCACGGCGGAUCAGGUCUUCAUCAACGAACUCAUACAGGUUAUUGCGCACUGCACCCGGGCGCUCGAGCAGAGGGUUCGCGAAACCGACAUCGCACAGCUAGUACUCGAUGAGGUUCCAGCACUGGUAGAGACGCAUAUCAGUUCGUACAGGCUAGCCAAACAGCAGUCGGACUUGUGCGAGCUAUCGCCAUCACUUCGCGAGAUAUAUCAUUCCUUGAAUCCUCACCCAGGUCUUUCACCAGUUCCGAGCCCGUCAGAUGCCCAGAGCAUGACAGGACAACAAGAAGCCGAAUCCAUAUACAGGCAAUUGCUGGUACAAGGAGCGCUUGCGAUUCUUCUUCCAACGGAAGAUCUUGAGAACGUCUGUCUACGGACCUUGUUAUGCGAUAUCAUGGCAGAUCUUAUUCUGGGCAAUGGAGUGGCCGGGAAAAUGAGUGACGGGUGUUUCAUACUGGAGAGUAUUACAAAACUGGUAGACAAUGCUGGACGCGACAGUCGCAAGGAGGAUGCAACCACAGCUCAGUUCCGUCAGCGCUCCCGAUUACACGAGUACGGCUUAAUCUCAUCGCGAGAGGAGCGGCUGAAAGGCUCGUCACACCCACCGACCCCAGUACGAAUCCCGGACUGGGCGUGGCAGAUUCUGCAAGUUGGAUAUACCGUCUAUGUGGCCUUGCACUUCAUUAUAGUAGGUUUGUUUCGUGUUUCAUCGAGGAAUCCGGCGCCUUCCUCUCGGACUUUUGCUUCACCAAUCAGCAAAGCAAGUGAGACAAAUGGCAUGUGCACGAGCUCGAGGAAGCGACCUGUGCUCAAGUAUCGGCUUUACGGCAUGCUCGCUCAACUGCUGGAUGUACCUCGGCGGAUGCCAUGGCUUGGGGGAUGUCUCGCGCUGGUUCAGCACUUGAUCCUGGCGGGUCCAGGUAGAUUAGGUGACACCGAUAGCGUUCUCAAUAGGUUCCUUCACGAGACCAUCCAGGAUUAUGUUCUCACCCCCGCUUUGUUACCAAACCUGCUCCUGGCGACCAGAGCGGCGCUUUUCCCACUGAACGCUCGUCCAGCGGCGGCGACCACGGCGGUAUCGGCGCCGCAGCUGUCUGUGCAACCUCCCACGCCUCCUAUUGCCAUCACUAAAGACCCUGUUAGCGAAAGCGCUGGCGCAAGUGACGCUUGCAGUAGCGUCUCAACGACUGGUCUCUCAUCGACAGCGCCCUUAUCGCCGGACCCGCGUCCCUCUACGCCCGAUUUCGCAUCUGUCAAGCGACGCUGCGCGGCCAGCAUCCUGUCUCGGGUGCCUCGCCCAAUCGUUCGGCAAUUCUUCGCCGCCCCGGCCGUUAUUCUGUCGACUCAUGGUCAAGUGGAUGACUUGCCGUCAAACAAACAAACUUCGCCAUCAUCCUCGUUAUCGCCGUCACCGUCGCCUGCACCAAUCAACGACGCGGAAGAGGUAUAUCUUCUCGCAUGUAUUGAGGAGAUUCUCGACCUCUUUUCCGACGACUACUGCAACAAACACCUGAUCUACUCUAUCAUGGAGGCCAUUCUCACCAACCUUCUUCCAGAGCUAUCCGAGCGUAGUAUUGCUGAGUUGAUGGAGGACAGGGGGCUGUCGCUAGACGUCGCGAAUUAA